CAUCCAAUCAUUUUAUUUUCUUGUUAUUCUCAUUGACUUCCUCCUAUUCCCUUCUCUGGAGACAUCUGCCGUUGCCGCUGCCGUCCUGUCUCCUGCAAUUGCGCCGUCGACAUCGUAGCUCGCCCUUCCGCGGCAUAAAGUCUAACCACCAAAUCGAGUCCAUAAGCCUGGCCGGUACAUGGCCUCUGUCUCCUGCUUCGGAGGCCGUCAUCAUACUGUUCGUCGUCGAAGCAACAUCUCCCGUCGCCCUAUUAUCACAAUAAUAUCCAUCACCUUCUCCUCCUCCUCCUCAUCAUCAUGUUCUGGUUUCUUUUCUAUGCCGCUAAGUCUUCGCCGUCGUAAUUCCACCCGUCCAAGGCCUAUUUCAGUAAUCAGGUGCUCUUCCAGCUUUCCUGGACCAACCGAUUCCGAUGAAUCCCCUCGCGAUCUUGGAGGCGGAGCAGGCAGGGAUGCCAAGCAAGUGAAGGAGGAGACUGUGGACCAUCGUCUCGGGAAGGAGCAGCAGCUCGGUACCAGGGUGGCCACUGCCAUGGGAGAAGCAAUGCCAACCAAGGAUUUUGUUACCAUAGCCGCCUGUGUGGUUGGCCUUCUCACCGGUGUUUGCGUCGUCCUCUUUAACAAUGCGGUGCACGAAAUACGUGACUUCUUUUGGGAUGGAUUACCAUUGCGAGGUGCCUCAUGGUUAAGAGAGAAGCCUCUUGAGGAAAUUUGGCAAACAGUUAUUCUAGUUCCUGUUUGUGGGGGUGUUAUAGUUGGCAUCUUGAAUAGUCUGCAGGAUUCUUUAAAAGACCCAUCAGGCAGAAUGGUAUCAGAUGUAAAGGAAGCAAUAAGACCAAUUUUGAAGACCAUAGCUGCUUCUGUCACCCUUGGAACAGGGAAUUCAUUAGGGCCUGAGGGUCCUAGUGUCGAAAUAGGUUCAGCCAUAGCUAAAGGAAUCAGUCAUGUUUUUGAGUGGCGUGGUGGAAAGAGUUUGUCUCUUGUAGCAGCUGGAUCAGCCGCUGGAAUUUCAUCAGGUUUUAAUGCUGCUGUUGCUGGAUGCUUCUUUGCUGUGGAGUCUGUCCUAUGGCCUUCAACAGCAGAUCCAUUCUUGUCCCUUUCAAAUUCAACAUCAAUGGUAAUACUCAGUUCUGUCAUAGCAUCCAUAGUUUCAGAGGUCGGUCUUGGUUCUGAUCCGGCUUUUACCGUUCCAGAAUAUGAUUUUCGCUCACCAAGUGAACUACCUCUGUAUCUUUUGCUGGGAGUCCUUUGUGGCAUGGUUUCUAUAACCUUAUCAGGAUGCACAUCUUUAGCUCUGGAAACAGUUAACUACCUUCAACGGACCACAGGUGUAACAAAGGCCAUAUUUCCUGCAUUGGGUGGACUCACUGUUGGUUUGAUAGCUUUAUCAUAUCCUGAAAUUUUGUACUGGGGCUUUGAGAAUGUGGACAUUCUACUUGAAUCACGACCUUUCGUAAAUGGUCUCCCUGCUAAUAUUUUAUUUCAGUUAGUUGGAAUGAAAAUACUUGCGACAUCCUUGAGUCGUGCUUCUGGAUUGGUGGGAGGCUACUAUGCGCCAUCCCUUUUUAUUGGUGCAGCAACAGGGAUGGCUUAUGGAAAAUUCAUGAGCUCUACACUAUGUGGCCCCAGUCCAUUGAUUCAUCUCCCUCUCUUGGAAGUGGCAUCACCUCAAGCAUAUGGUCUGGUGGGCAUGGCUGCUACUCUUGCAGGUGUGUGCCAAGUACCUCUAACAUCGGUUUUGCUUCUUUUUGAGCUAACGCAAGACUACCGAAUUGUUCUACCACUGCUUGGAGCUGUGGGGUUAUCAUCAUGGAUAUCAUCCAGCCAGAAUCUUAAAAGAAAUGUUCCAAGGAAGUUGGAUGAGUUGAAAGUAAAUGACAAAAAUGGUUCACAACCUACAGGCUCAAUCUAUGAAGACCAGGACACUUAUUAUGCAGCUGCUUCUGCUGAAAGUGGUGGUAUUGGCUUAUGUGAGCUUGAGAAUUCUCUCUGUGUUUUUGAUGUCAGUGCUGAAGUUAGCAGUUUGGCAGACAAGCUUACUGUUUCUCAGGCUAUGAGAACUAAAUUCCUGACUAUCUCAAUGAAUACUUCAGUAAUUGAGGCAGUCACUCUCAUGCAAGUGGAGAAGCAAUCCUGUGCAGUUAUAAUUGAUAGCACUGGUUUCUUGGUAGGAUUGCUAUUGCUCGAGGAUAUCCAAAAUUUUAGCAAAUUGGCAACGACAAGAGGCGUUGAAAUUGAGGCAGAAAAAAUUCUGGUAUCUGAUAUCUGUCACCCGGAUGGAGGCAAGCGCAAGGUGUGGACAGCUACACCUGAAAUGAAACUUGUAACUGCCGAAAGUAUCAUGGACUCACAUGGGGCGAAUCAUCUCCCUGUUGUUUCACAGCAUAUUGAUGGACAAGAAAGUGGGCAAUUGGUUGGUCUACUCGAUAGAGAAUGUAUUAGCAUUGCCUGCAGUGCUGUAGCAGCUAAAGAAUAUCUCAGCCUUUACACGGUCACCAGAAGGCUCGAGUCUUAAGCUAGAAGCAUUUUCGGCAGAUUCAUGUGAUCCUUUGUGAUUCUGGAAUUAUGUUGCCAAACACUAAUUAGCAAGUUUUACAAGUAGAGAAACAGUGUCACUUUGUAGCUGUGCUAUUAAAAGUUGUCAUUCAUAUGUUCCUACUGUUCUUACAGUUAAUUUACCGAAAACUUGUAUACUAACAGAUGCCAAUGCCUUUAUACCAAUGAAAGCAGGAUUAGAGCUACUGUUUCA